GUCUUCAACCUACAUCACAACUCCAGAUCCUUAACCCACUGAGCAAGGCCAGGGAUUGAACCCGCAACCUUAUGAUUCCUAGUCAGAUUCGUUUCUGUGUGCCCCAGUGGGAACUCCAGAGUACUUAAUCUUGAAUCUCAUGUUUGCUUAAGGAUGUUUGUUCAGCUUUUCUCUCUCCUCCUUGAUGCAAAAGCAGUGUUAAGUUUUUCUGUUACUUCCCAAACUACUAGUGAUGUGUUUCUACUCUGUUGAUAGCUAUUCUGUCUUCUAACUUGGUAGACUGCAUGAGAAGAAAAAGUUAUCAAUUUAGUGUUAAAGUUUUAUAGGCUUGAAUUCAGAAUGUAAAAGAAUUUAUGGAGUUUGAUUUAUACCCAUUAAAGUUUAAAAGGGAUUUGGUCAUAUUCCAGAUGGUCGUUUAUCUUAGCGUUUAGGUAUGACUAUAAAAACUUCACUUUUAUGAGUCUUAAAUCUAUAGAAGAAUUAAAGGUUAAAAUCAUUAUGGAUAUUCUAACUAUUCUCUGCUCUAACUGAAAUAUUAAAUUAAGUAGGUGCAUUAUUGGAUAAGUAAUUUUACAGGUUAGUAUUCAGAGAAUGUCAAUUUAAUCUUCAUUGAGAACCUAUGAUGUGCUAGAUACUGUGCUAGAAGCUGAAUAUGCAAAAAAUGAGAAUAAGAUUUAAUCCCAGACCUGGAGAUUAGUAGAGUAGAUCAUUUUGUGGAGGGAACUGUAUCAGCUACUGAAUAAUAAACCACUCCCAAACUCAAUGUAUAGCAGGGCAGUUUUUUUUUUAAUUUAAAUGAACUGUUAAAAGGGUCAGUAUCUGUCAUUGCUCAGGAGUCUGGGUGAGUGAGGCGAUUCUUCAGGUCUCCGCUGGAUGCAGUCGCAUGUCUGUGGCCACCUCAGGAUUUUGGAGACAUCUCUGCUCGUCUUGGGGGCGCACAUAUGGUGGCCUAUCUGUAGAUUGACCUGGGGUAGCCCCAGCUGGAACACCUGUGCUCUCCUGUCAGGCCAGGCUUCUUCACUGGAGGGCAGCAGGGUUUCAAGAGCCAGAGGAGGAGUGCACCCCUCCACUCAGGCUUAGGCUUGGUGCUAGCAUGUCAUCGAUUUCCUGCCAGUCUGUCUGCCAGCGGGAGUACCAGACCCCUGAGUCACCAUUCCAUCAGGAGAUAGGAUUUAUUUCAACAGCCCUAUAGAAAUAAAUUCCAUCUCCUGAUGUAACAACCUGCUAAGUCACAUUGCAAAGGGCAUCAUCACUGGGAGGGAAGUAAUUGGAACACUUUCGCAAUUAGUGUUCCUACCGUAGAGAGAGUUUUGUGGGAGGAACAAGCCUGUAUAAGAUCUAACGUAGUGACAGCUAAAAUAGAAGCAUAGGACACUCCAAGGCCUCAGAAUUGCAGACAUUUCAGGAGUGACAAUAGUAGUAAAUGAGGCUGGAUUGAAGGAAAGAGGACCAGGCUGGAGAGGCUUAUAGUGCCUUUCUGAGAAGCUUGGGUGUUACCCUUUGGAGGGAGGGAGCCAUGUCAGGAUUUAAGCAAGCAGACAUGCCAUUGGACACUUUGUUACUUUUUUUUUUUUUUUUUUUUAAGUAGGUUGCUCUGGCAACAGAAUGAACUUAAGGUGAGCAAAACAGUGAUAGCAAAUGAGAUGCUAUUGCAAAAUUGUAGACUGUGGAACGAUGAUGAGGCCAAACUAAAGCAGUGGAAAGUGUUCGCCCAAGUGUAGUAAGCCUGGCCAUGUUAAUCAUUCAUUUAAACAUGCUCUUUUGAGCCAGGCACUGUUAGGUGUUUGGAGAAAUGUCAGUGGAAAUUCCUCUUCUUUAAUGUUACACUGGAUUUUCAGAGCUUUGGACUUCUGGAACACUUCUACAAGUUGCCUUUUCCUCAUGCAUCCGUGUUAUCUCUACUCUGGACAAAUAGAGUGGAAUAGGAAUCUUGGCUUCCAUAAUGAGGAAGUCACGGCUAGUGAUAUGGUGAUUUAAAAUGUCUGUCUGGCUUUUUUUUUUUUUUCCCCCGUAGUACAUGGAGUUAUCAGAACUUUUGGUGAUGUAGAAAGUUAUUAUAUUUAUUAAUGUAAAGAAUAAUGAAUGAAGAGCCUGAGCGAAUGUUGUGACUUUUAUACGUCUGUACCUGCCCCCAUUAUAGUAUAGUCUGUUGGUAAUUCAAAAAGCUUAUGUAUUAGUCUUUAAAUUGACCGUAUUCCAUUUUAGCAUGUUCAGAACUCUUUCCUGGGUUCAGAAAUAGUAAGAGGGAAAAGUAUGUUUGUUUAUGGGAAAUAAUUUUUUAUUGGGUGUAUCCAGGAGACCAUGUGAGAGUAGUGAUUAACAUAUGGGAGAAAUUUUUACAAGGUCUUACCAAUUUGCAAUCAAAUACAGUAACAUUUUCAAGUAAGUUUUAUCUUUAAAAUUCUUUAAAAGUAAAGAUAGUUCAGAAAAUACUUGCCGUGAGCAUUACUUUUUUUGUGGUUCUUAGGCAGCUACUUAGGAGUCAGUGUUCUGUCCCUGCCAACUCCCAUUAUGAUGCCUUUCAUUACUCACAGAAACCCUAUACAGCUGUUCUCAGGAUGAAAUGCAAAUCCAGAGUGUUUUGUGGGUUCCUAGAGAUCUCUAAUAGUAUCAUAGCCCUGAAUACAGGGACUUGUGAGGUAACAUAUUGAAGUCUCUCUGGUAGUCCUAGAGAUCUUACCUAGGCAAUUCUGUGUGAAUGUAUUGAGCUGUUGUUCUUAUCAAAUAGAGAGUUCUGGAUGUUUGAGCAUUCUCAACAGAGGUUGCUGAAUAGCAAAGGAAUAGAGAGGCUGAUUUAUCCCCCCCCCCAUUAACGGCAAUUAUAACCUUGAAUUUUAAUAGGAACCCAGCAGUUAGGAAAUAGAAAGGCACAUAGCUAAUUGGUGUAUAACUCUUCUCCUGCCUAGAUGAUGACCCCUGAGAACAAGGCCAUGCUGUGUCCCUGGUAACAGGCUCUGGCUCCUAUCACCACCUUGUAUAGAGUGAAUAUUACAUGUUUAUUGUGGCUAAUGGUUAUUUAAAUAGCAUUCCUUUGGGAAGCCUCAGGAACUUCAUGUACUUGCUCACCUUUCUGCUCAUACCUUUUUCCUUUGGUGGCAGGGCACUGAUGACCUUCACGUCCCCUCUUGCCAUGUACUCCAUUGGGGAAGGUGUAGGAUAAAUUGUGGUUAACCUGAACCAAUUGUGAUUUCUGGUGGGUCCAUUAAGCAUGGAUAUCUACUGCUAACCAUGGUGACAUUGAGGCAAGUUUAGUAGGUUUCCAGAAAAGAAAAGUGUCUCUGUGCUUCUGAAGGUGGUCUGCCCUUGCCCUUCUGCCUAUUGAUACCUGGAACGACGGUAGCCACUUUGGGGGAUAAUGAAGUGAGUCUAUCAAAGAGGAAGAUCAACCUGUGGUACCUAGAGAGGUGGUGUGGCAAGGUGGAAGGAGUGGGCAGGGAUUUUGAACCAGGGGGAUCCACCAACCUUAGUAUAUUUCAGUCGCUUUUGGUUGGUGUUUGCAGCAACCAAAACCUCCUUAGUACUUGGCUAUUAAAAAGAAAGGAAGUCUGUGUAUUGAAUAAAUGGUCUGAAAGGCCCAGAUUAGAGUAACAUCAGUCAUCCAGUCUCCCCCACUUCCCUUCUUUGCCAUUCAGCUACUCUGGCCCCAGCAUAAAAGGCUCUUGGAUUUGGCCGUGAUAAAUAGUUUUUAAUCAGGCUUCAUAGGCUAAUAGAUCACUGGGGCAGGCAUCUGCUGGCUGCAUUUAUUUCAGGGAAGACGGUAAAUGGAUAUGGGUUGAGGAAUCCUCCUUGAUGGAUUACAAUAUUGCCAAUUAUAAGUGUCAUAAUAAGAGACCUGAUUUGUCGGGGACAAAUGAAUUUGGGGACGGUUCCUCUCUCCCAGGGCUGUUGUUACUGACACUUUGGGUCAGAUAAUUGCUUGCAUAGGGCCGUUACAUGGAUUUUAGAAUGUUUAGUUGUAUCCCUGGCCAGGAACUAGUAGAUGACAGUAGUGUUGCACCAGUCAGAAGUGGCUCCAGAAAUAGCCAAAGACCCCUAGGCAAAAUUAUCCCCUACCUGGGAACCACUAUGUCAGAGACAAAGUAUUGUUUCAUAUAAGGACGUUUGUCCUAAGAUUCAGGCAGAAGAGAGAAGGCAGGUCCUAACUACCAUCGCCUUAACCACUUCACCUGAUAGAGCAAUACAUGAGUGAGUUUUUCAAAUUGGUCUCUUCAGCUCUAUGAAGACUCUUUAGAUUUGAGAUGUUUUGAGCUAAAAUACAGUUACUGCUUAAACUCUAAGCAAGCAUUAAGGCAUCUUUAAAGCAGAAAGGUUGCUAUAGUUUGCAACAGUAAAAUGGUGUAGUGACUUGUGAUAGCUGUGGUCAUCCUUUGCCCUGCCUACCACCACCUUUCUAGUUACUUCCUCUGUUAAUGUGCCUUUAAAGUCACUUGAUUUGUCUGUCUCCACAUCUUUACGGCGAUUUCAGAAGUCCGAGCCAGUUUUUGCCCAGAACACCCUCAUCGCUUUAUUCUCCUCUUCUUUCUGUUUACUUUCCACUUAAGGCAGCGAAAGUGCACUUUUGAGAAAGUGAACACUUUGAAACACUUAAGUCACGAUCCCCAGAUUGAAGCCUUUCAGUGUGUUUCUUCUUUGGGAAUCCUUUAGUCUAAGGUUGUUUUUUUUGUUUUUUGUUUUUUGUUUUUGUCUCUUUUAGGGUCGCACCCUUGACAUAUGGAGGUUCCCAGGGUAGGGGUCAAAUCAGAGCUACAGCUGCUAGCCUACACCACAGCCACAGCAACACUGGAUCCCUAACCCACUGAGCGAGGCCAGGGAUCCAGCCUGUGUCCUCAUGGAUGCCAGUUGGGGUUCAUUACCCGCCGAGCCACAACAAGAACUCCCAUAGUCUAAGGUUUGUGACCCUGAACCUCUGACUGCUGUUAGCCUUACCUCCUUCAUCACUCUUAAUUUUUGCCUCUUUGGCUUUGCCAAACUCAGGUGCCUUCAGAUCCUGUAACUUGCCUUCUCAUCUUAGGGUCUUGAAACUGCUGAUUCCCCUGAGAUCUUCUGAGCUUAUUCUUUGCUUGGCUAAUUCUGAUUUAUCUCUCAGGUCUCAGACUAAGUAUUACUUUCUUAGCAGUGCCCUGGAGCCUCUAAUCACAGUUUGCGUCCCUUUUACCUUUACUCUUUCUUUUGAUCCUCUGUGUUUUUACUUGCAGAACCCUUAUCACAACUGGGAGUUACACGUAUGUGUUUUUAAAAGCUGCCCUCAUCAGGGAGUGCCCUUGUGGCAAGCAGGUUAAGGAUCGGUUGUUACUGAAGCAGCUUGGGUCAUUGCUGUGGCGCAGGUUCAAUCCCUGGCCCUGGAACUUCUGUAUACUACAGGCAUGGCCAAAAAAAUUAAUCUGUCUUCACCAGAUAAUUUCCACAAAGUAGAUUUGUGUUUCUUCAAUGUGUGACCCAUGCUUAGCAUUUGCCGAGCCCAUAGUAGAUUCUCAGUAGUGAUUUUAGUGAAUAAAGUCGAAUUUGCCUGGCAGGAUGGACAAUAUAGGUUUAUAUUAAUUACCCUCACGUUGAAUCUUUAGGCCUGGGGUAAGCAUUUAAUAUUGGAAGCCGGUGGGAAGGACUUGUUCUUCCUUCCCUCAGAAUGGCACAUUGGGUGGCACAGAAUGAUACCUGAGAACUAGUGAUUCUCCAGGUACUUGCAGUCACACGUGAAUGAUUUCUUCUUUGCCUUAUAGACAGGAGAAAAAUGAGUAUAGGAGUCUUUAGGCAGCUUUUCAGCCUAUCCAGAACCAGGAAAGAAGCUCAAGGUGGUUGUUUUUUGUUUGUUUUUUAACUCUUACCCUUUUCUUUUUUUUCUUCAUUUUUUUGCCUUAUACCUUUAUUCAGAUUGGUAUUUAGCAUGAGUCACUGCUGCCUAGCUCUUUGGCCAAUAGGAUUUCAGUAUGCAGUGCACUAAUAUAAACUCUUGGAUUGGCUUAAAUACCUCUGAUGUCACAAUUUCCCCACUAGGAAGCCACAGUUUUCUUGAAAUCACAUUGUACUAAUAACAAAUGUUAUUCUAAAUAAAAAUGCCAGGAGGAGGAAGAUAUCUUUGAUUCAUGCAGACUUUUUCCAUUUACCUGCUUUAAUUAUCUACUGCCAACCCUUGAAGCAAGCUUCUUUUCUUUUACAACGGCUGUUGUGGUGUUCUUCGUGUUUGUCAGUUACUAGGCAAAUGGAGGAAUGAACCUACUUAGAAUUACUCCUUCAAUCCAUAGAUCUCUUUCAUCUGGACUGUUGAGGCUCAACAUCUUUCUGCUACUUAGCCUUCCUGUCUCAAAGGGGAAAGCCAUUUGGACAGCCCACCUGAAUAUAACGUUUCAGGUGGGAACUCGGAUUAUAUCAGAAUUAGGAGAGAGUGGCGUGUUCGGGAAUCACUCUCCUCUGGAAAGGGUGUCUGGUGUGGUGGUACUUCCUGAAGGAUGGAAUCAGAAUGCUUGUAAUCCUAUGACCAACUUCAGCAGGCCUGAGUGGGCAGACUCUUGGUUGGCCCUCAUUGAACGAGGAGGCUGUACUUUCACACACAAGAUCAAUGUGGCGGCAGAGAAAGGAGCAAAUGGGGUGAUCAUCUAUAACUAUCCAGGUACGGGCAACAAAGUGUUUCCCAUGUCUCACCAGGGAACGGAAAAGACAGUGGCGGUGAUGAUAGGCAACUUGAAAGGCAUGGAACUGUUGCACUUGAUUCAGAAAGGAGUCUACGUGACGAUCAUCAUUGAAGUGGGGAGAAUGCACAUGCCCUGGCUGAGCCAUUACGUCAUGUCUCUGUUUACCUUCCUGGCUGCCACGGUGGCCUACCUUUUCCUGUUCUGUGCCUGGAGACCCAGAGUGCCCAGUUCUCCCACCCGGAGGCGAAGACACAUAAAGGCAGAUGUGAGGAGAGCUAUAGGUCAGCUUCCACUGCGAGUGCUCAAAGAUGGGGAUAAGGAACUGGACCCGGAAGAAGACAGUUGUGUUGUUUGCUUUGACAUAUACAAACCUCAAGAUGUAGUACGUACUUUAACUUGCAAACACUUUUUCCAUAAGGCAUGCAUCGACCCCUGGCUUUUAGCCCAUAGGACAUGCCCCAUGUGCAAGUGUGACAUUCUGAAACCUUAAGAAACCCAGAGAAUCUCCCGAAGAUCUGAGUCUUUCCAAAGAUUAAGAUGAAUUCUCUUUUAGCACUUGAUGUAGAGAGAAAAUUCAACUGUAUCUUCUCUAUGCAAGUACUAAAAAGGGUGAAAUUAGUGUUUUUAAAUAAAACUCCGUAUCAUGUCCAGCUCUUUGAA